GUCACGUCGGUACGUGACGAGGUACUCGCGGUCGGAGAUCCUCCGCAGACCAAUCGACCUCGCGCUGAGGUGCGCACGCGUCGAUACGAAUACGAAAAUACCAGUUCAAUCGACUCUAUCGAUCCAAUAUACAUUUUAAACGCCCAUUUUACUAGUUCAAAAGUGAUGUGCGCGGGCUAUGGGGUAUCGUACAAUCGAAAUAAAAACGUAACCCGAUACGUAAACAUUCAGUAAUUCAGAAACAGCUGAUUGUUGUGUUUAAUUUGUGGCAAACUGUAUAAACUUUGGAUAUAAAGACCGGUUUCGAGUAUGAUCUAAUCGUGUUUUAUAUUCUUGAGUGUGAUAAUUGGUGCUAAAAGUGUAGUAGAUAGGCGGUUUAUUUAUGAGUUUUUGACUUUUGACGGUAGUCAUGGGUAGUGUGGGCAGUAAGUUAGCGAGUUAUACGCGGCCACUGUGCUGCAAGGGCUGCAAGUCGGACUCCUACGACCUCAAAGACCUGCCGCGCCCGCCUCGGCUGGACACCUCAAACGAUGUCAUCGAUGGCACCAGACUGGGCGUGCUCGCCGUGCAAGGCAUCGACUUUUGCAUCGACUCCAAUGGGGAGAACCACCACACCCACAAGUUCCACCUAAUGACGCGGCCGGUGGACCGCUGCCUGGUCGUACGAAGAGGACAGGCCUUCAAACUGGACCUGUUACUCAACAGGCCCUUUGAUGCCAAUAGGGAUGCCGUGUCUUUUAUCUUUUAUGUACCAGAUGCCUUGUCUGCGACAGAUUCCGCAAUGCGUGGGCCUUCCAACGAGAUGUCUGCUCCCGUGCCUCUCCUGGAGAAGGGGUCUGAAGUGGUGGGAGGGUGGUCAGCGGUGUACGAGGGACAAAUGGACUCCCACCUCAUGGUGGCAAUAACGCCGGCAUCGGACUGCAUCGUGUCUGCGUGGCGGAUGGAUAUUGACACCAAACUGACCUCAGGAGGCUCCUUGAGCUACACCCACCCACUGCCGAUAUACGUUCUCUUCAAUCCGUGGAGCCUUAACGACAGCGUUUAUAUGCCAGGGCACAGUCACCGCGAGGAGUAUGUGCAGGAAGACGGUGGUCUCAUGUUCAGAGGAGUAUACAACGUCAUCAAACCUACUCCGUGGAACUACGCUCAGUACGAGAAAGACAUUCUUGAGUGUGCGCUCUAUCUAGUCAGUGAGAUCGGAAAGGUCAAGGGCCGCGCACGAGGGGACCCCAUAAGAGUAGCGCGCGCUCUCUCAGCCGCCGUCAACGUCCAAGACGACAAUGGGGUCUUGUUCGGGAACUGGGGCAAGGAGCUCAGCGACUACAGCGGGGGAACACACCCGUUAAAGUGGAUCGGCUCCUUGACCAUCCUGCAGAAAUACUACGAAAAGAAAAAACCGGUCAAAUACGCGCAGUGCUGGGUGUAUGCGGGAGUUUUAACAACUAUUUGCAGAGCUCUCGGUAUCCCAUGCCGACCGGUGACUGGGUUCGAUGCCGCGCAUGACAGCGGUGGAAGUCUCACCAUCGACAUUAUUCAAGACGAAGACGGCAAUAUCAUGGAAAACUUCACCAACGACUCAGUUUGGAAUUACCACGUCUGGAAUGAGGUAUGGAUGGAAAGGCCAGACCUCGGCUCGGAGUACGGAGGCUGGCAGGCAAUAGACGCGACGCCCCAGGAGAUGUCAGAAGACAUGUUCCGCUGCGGCCCGGCGUCGCUGCGCGCUGUGAGGGACGCGGACAUACAAAGGCCGUACGAUGCCGGUUAUGUGUUCGCACAGGUCAACGCUGAUAAGUUACUCUGGCUCUACACUGGUGAAAUUCAACCCCUGAAGCUGCUAGGACGUGAUACAAGAUCCAUUGGACAAAAUCUAUCAACCAAAGCUAUUGGCAGAAUGGAGAGAGAGGAUAUAACGAACCUAUACAAAUACCCUGAAAGCUCACGGGAGGAGCGGUCGGCCAUGGAAAAAGCUCUGCGGCGUAAUGGCACACUGUUUGCGCGGUACUACCUCAACGAUGAUUUCAAUGAUGUCACUUUUGAUUUCGAGCUGAGAGAUGAUAUCAAGAUUGGACAGGAAUUCUCUGUUGUACUGCACAUGAAAAAUCGUUCAACGAUACAAGAGCACCGUGUGAAAGGCAUUCUACGUGUAGACACCGUCACGUACCGAGGCAAGACCGGGGACAACGUGAAGAGACACGAGUUCGAUAUGGUGCUUGCUCCCGCUGCGAAGCAGAGGGUAGACAUGCUCGUCACUUUCGACGACUACUACAAGAGGCUGGUUGAUCAGGCAUCAUUUAACAUCGCCACUAUCGCGACAAUCGUCGAGAAGGAAUUCGAUUAUUUCGCUCAAGACGACUUCAGAGUUCGAAACCCUGAUAUCAAGAUCACCCUCGACGGAAAACCAGUAUCGAAGAAAGAGCUCACCGUCACGGUGAAAUUGGAGAAUCCUUUGCCGAUUCCUCUGAAAAACGGAAAAUUCUACAUUCAAGGACCUGGUCUUGACAAGCAGGUCAAGAUUGAGCUGGAUGAGACUAUAGCUCCAGGCGCGAUAGCUUCUGCCCAGUUCAAGCUGACACCGCCAUGGGCCGGCCGACACCAGAUCUCCGCCAAGUUCAACUCCAAAGAGAUGCAUGACGUAGACGGAUUCCUCACCUUCAAGGUGGCUAUGCCUGUUGAGACCAACGGGUUCAGCUCUGAUAACAAUGGAUAUGCUUCUGAGAACAACAUAGAAACACAUCAGGUGUAAUUGAUUGAGUAAGCAACUCAAGUACCUAUUACAAAUCUUUACUUUAUCAGACAACACUCUUUGCCUGUUCGUUAAGGUGGAUUUGUCGGUUACUUCAAUCGAUAACAAAGUCAGAUGUGGAAAGAAAGCUACUUACUCCGGGUAGUAGGUACCCACAUAUCAGAAUACUGUUGCCCUUUUGUCCUAGAGCCUAAUAUGUAUUGAUGGACCAAGUUAUUAUCAAGAUAGGAAAUCGUACAAAUAUGUAAAAAUGCUUUUAAAAUAAAUAGUUUUGGUAGCAAAUACCUACAAGCCGUUUACCUAGUUUGCUAUUAUACAAUAACCCUUUAAAAAGUGAAACAGUAAAAUUAAACGAUAAAAUUAUUAAGAUAUUAUCUCAUUGUCAGAAUGAUCAGAAGCAAGUCAGAACAGAUUAAUAGGUAGCUAUGAAUUAAUAAAAAUAGUUGUAAUUUAUAUUUUACAAUAUUUUUGGAUUUUAUUGCCAAUGUUUUUAUUUCAUUUAAGCUAUUUUUGGUAUUGCUUUAAAUCGACUCUACUUACGAUGUAAUCUAUGUAAGUUAUUUACAUGAUAACGUCCUUUUAUUAUUAUGGCUGCUAGUAUUUUUUGUUAAAUUAACAAAACAGCUCUGAAUAAUCUUAGAACAGCUAGAGUCAGUGGAUCCCAAAGUAUUACCUACUUAGUAUAGGAUUUAU